UUUCAGUAAACCAGUAUUGCCACCUAAUCACUGGAGCUGAUUGCCUGGUUACUUAUUAAUGCAGCCUUUUCCAGCACAUCACUCAAUUACAAUCAUUAGGUGGCAGCUGGAAGAUUAGACGACUGGACAAGUUUUAGGAAAUUAGGCAUUGGUUUUUACCUUCAUCUGAAUUUGCUAUUACAUCUACAUAAUCUUAAUAUUUUAAUAAUUGUACACAGAUGUAAUAAAUUUACUUUUUAGUGUGUAAAGAAAAUGCGGAACCUUGUCUAUUACUGUAACACUGACAGCUCAUAUCUGUUCUCUCUAACAUUUAUUAUCUGUUAAUGUAACUGAAAUUUUUACUGCUCAUAAUUUUCAAUAAUUUGAAGACCUUAAAAUCUGCCACUUUUGAUGAAUAUAAAAAGAAAAAAACCCAAAGCAGGUACAUCGGUGGGUUUAUUUGCAAUCUGCGUACGUUUUCAACAGUCAAAGUUGACAUUUUAAAAAGAAUGUCAUUUUUUAAACCCAGCGUCUUUCCACCAAAUACUUUUUUUUCAAAAAAUAGUUUUCAUUGUUUUUAACGAAACACCGUCCAGGGUUCAGAAUAUUCCAGGUGGAUUCCUUGCCUGUUACAGUACUAAAGAAUUACUUUGAAUUUCCAGGGCAAUAUUGCAAAGUCUCAAAAUUUCUAGAGCAUAAAAGUUAAAUGACGGGGCCCAAUAUUUUAAGUGGAUCUUUCAGUAUCUAGGCGCUGACAUUUCACCAAAUGUCCCAGAAAUGAAAAAAACAGUGUGGUUCCGAAAAAUAUAAUUUAAUGUUGGAUGCCAAGUUUCUCUCUCGAUUCUGUUUUUCUUUGGAAAAAUCGCAUGCAUUCUUAAACCCUUUCAGCAAGUAACCACGGAUUUUAAUUAAAGUCAAAGUAGUGCAGAUGCUAGAAAUCUGAAAUAAAUACGAACGCUCGUGGAUUCAGCUGCUAGAACUGCUGAAUUUCUUUAGCAUUUUCUCCGUUUAUUCGGGAUACAUUUUUUAAAUCGGCGUUUAACUUUAUAGCCUCUUUUAAGUCGUUUUCCUAUUUAAAACCUGGCAUUUCAAAUAUUUAACUACGUUAAAUCAACGUUAAAUGUAUUGCUAUAUUUAUUUAGCGGCAGCACUUUUAACUUACAAAUUACAUACCAAAUUAAUUUUUGACGUUGCGACCUGAUCUUAAAAAUCAACCCACUGAAGACGAAAUAAAUGUAGUUAGGAUGAGUUUCUGCUUAAAGGCCAUUGUUUAUCUACGUAAGGAAUUAAAGUCUUCAUCUUGAUUUGACACCGAAUUUACAAGUGUUUCGCGAAUUAGUUUUUUUUCUCUGCCAAUGUUUUGAACUGUUUUAAAGAUCAUUAUCGGGUUGUCCUUAUGACCUCCAUGUAUUUCUAAGGCGGUUCGGAGCACAGAAAGGAAGAACUUCCACAUUCUACUCCAAAGUAUAAAUCCUAUGCCGUACGCCCGGUCUGGUUUUGUAAGAUUGAAUUUCAUUCUAAUAUACGAGAUAGUAUUUCUUAUCCACGCCUCGCCUCGUUUGUAAAUGGUCGGAUUUCAACGUCAAUCACAAAGGAGGAGGUGGGAUUUGGUUUGGACAAAGUUUCAUUGAAGGUGGAGGGAAGUGGAGUCAGAUGUUAGCAGAAUAGCAGGAGCAGCUGGAAGCUAGAACCAGAGAAGGGCAUUGCGGUGAAGCUGAAAUUUCAAGCCUGUUCCAGCAGGAUUUAAAAACCAUACUGUCACAGAACGCACCCACUCGCAUAUGGUUUUCCAAAGCAAAACUGUGAGUGCUUUCCCCACUCCCCAAAAGAAAACUGGAAUCACAAGGUAACGAAUAAAUUGACCCUCGGCAAUGGAAUACCCUCAUAUUCACAUUGCAGAUGUGAAUCUUCUUGUGUAAAAAAAAACUGGAUGAAAAAAAAAUGCUAGACCAGAAGCACCAUCAGUGAAACGUCUUGGGCUCCGAUUCUGCUUCAGCGGUGAGUCGUAGGGGCCAAGGGAUUUAACAGCAGAAGUUUUUGAAGUCUGCUGGCUAGAAAAUAGGAAACAAAUUGGCUGCUGGAUCAUUUCUUACACCAUUUCGUAGCUUCAUCGCCUUCUUUUGUUGUUGCACAAAGCCGCGCUUAAAAAAAAGGAAAGGACGACAUCGAAGGUGGGGCGAUAUUGCUUGCCGGACUCCCCGGGCGUUAUGAAAAUAAUUUGACUCCAUCGGACAAACCGGUGCUUGAUGGGCUAUUCCGGCAAUGCUAACAAUCAGUUGACACUUCCCGGUUCAGGAGGGUAAACUCAGGAGGCUACCAUGACAAGAUUACUUUAACUUUCGGCAAGGCCGGACCUGCAGUUGAUUGGGAUUUUUGCACAUUUUAAAUUUAUAAUUGGUUCGCUGUGUUCAACAAGUAUUUGAAUACCCUUUGCAGUUUUGAGAAAAGAAACGUCUUCUUGCAAUGGCAUCGGAAGUGGUGUGUGGGCUGAUCUUCAGAUUGCUUCUUCCUAUCUGUUUAGUUGCUGCAUGUUUGUUUCGAUACAAUGGGCUAUCGUUUGUGUACCUCAUUUUUCUCCUCCUUAUUCCUCUUUUUUCUGAACCCACAAAAAAGACAAUGCAAGGACAUACAGGCCGCUUACUGAAAACCUUGUGUUUUACAAGCCUCACAUUUCUCCUACUGCAUGCCUUGUUUCAAAUUACAAUUUACAGCCUCCAAGCUAAUGAAAAAAUCAAACCAGGCUUCAAUUGCACAGAUUGGGAAAAGAGCUUCCGGCAGAUAGGAUUUGAAAGCGUGAGUGGGGCAGAUGCUGGGAACAUUAUUAGACUUUUUGCUCCAGAUGUUGGAAUGUUUGUUGCUGGCUUGGCGACAUGGCUUGUCUGUAAAAGUUUAGUUCAACAGCCACCAUCAGAAGAUAUGGCACAGUAUAAUCCAGAGUUCCAAAAUGAAGAGCAGCUCCUGGAUCUGGUGACCAAGCCAAUGUCUCGUUAUUGUAAUAUAAAAGGUUACUUUGUUAUAUGCAAAUAUGACAUAAUAUACAUCAUCAAAGGCAUUACGCUACCAUCUUUGAGCUCAGGAGUAUACUUCUUUGUAUUUUUGGGAUUGUGUACUUGGUGGAGCUGCGGUAAACAGUUUGAUCCACUGAUAUUCAGCUGUUUGUGUGUAUUAAUGGCUAUAUUCAGUGCAGGACACUUGAUUGGACUGUAUCUUUACCAGCUGCAAUUCCUACAGGAACUCAUUCCACCUGGUGAUUUCUAUGCAAGGUUGUUUGGUGUAUCACCAGUCAUUCAAACAAAUUGCACGACUACCUGGAAGAUUAUAGCCAAUCCCAAUAUGCCUUGGCCCCAACAUGUCAAUCCUAUCAUGCUGCUCUUACUGUACUACACUUUGGCUACACUCAUACGACUCUGGCUUCAAGAACCAGUUAUAAGGAAUAUGGAAGAAGAAAGUUACAAAAGGGAGGAAGAAGAGCAAAAAGAGCCAUUUGAAAGUGAUUCAUCUGUUACUGCCAAUAUGCGACGUAAUAUGUGGUAUUCAGCACACUAUGCAACUGAUGAGAGAAGGCUCCUUACGAUUACCCAGGAUGAUACCAACUCUUCUGAUGCUUUGCUUGUAACAGUAAAUGGAAACCCUGUAGACUAUCAUAAUAUGAAUUCUGCAUUGCAAGCUGAGAAUGGUCCAACCACAGUAGAGAUGUACUCCACACCACAAUAUAAAUGGGAGAUGCCUGACGAAUCCCCAGACAAAACAGAAGAUGACAUAAUUCCUGAAGAGACAGUGAAUAGCAGACUCAACAGCCUCAUCACCAUCUUCCGUUUCAUUAUGAAACAAAGCUAUAUAUGUGCACUCAUUGCUAUGAUGGCUUGGAGUAUUACUUAUCACAGCUGGCUCACCUUUGUCUUAUUGAUCUGGUCCUGUGUUCUUUGGAUGGUGCGAGAUCGGCGGCGAUAUGCCAUGCUCACAUCUCCAUUCAUGGUCUUCUAUGGAAAUGUUCUUUUAACCUUGCAAUAUAUCUGGAGUCUUGACCUCACAGAAGAAGAACUUCCUGAGCUAUCAGGAGUCUUACAAAAGAUGAAGACAACACCAUGUGUCGAACUAAGUUCAAAGAUCCUGUGUGCACUGACAUUCUGGUUGCUGCUACGCCAGUACAUUACAGAGCACCGAGAAGCAAAAAAACUCAAGGAAUCUGCCUUAUCAGAAGUUAAAGUGGAGGAAUUAGAUGAUGGCCAACAAGGAAAAGAGAUAAUGAAAGUCUUAGGAACCCUGGUGAUGGGAAUGUUUGUCAAGUAUUGGAUUUACGUUUGUGGUGGAAUGUUUUUCUUUGUCAGUUUUGAAGGGAAGAUUGUCAUGUACAAGAUUAUAUACAUGAUGUUGUUUCUGUUUUGCGUCGCUCUAUAUCAGGUGCACUAUGAUUGGUGGCGGCGGAUUCUGAAAUAUUUUUGGAUUAUUGUUGUUUCCUAUACUAUGCUGGUCUUGAUCCUUGUGUACACCUAUCAGUUUAAGUCAUUCCCAGAUCUGUGGCAAAAUAUGACAGGAAUGGAUAUUGAAAAAUUGAAGGAUCUUGGAUUAGAACAGUUCUCCGUUACAGAUCUAUUUACUAGCAUUUUCAUCCCAACAUCGUUCUUGCUGGUCUGUAUACUACAUCUGCAUUAUUUCCAUGAUCGGUUUCUCGAGCUCACUGAUCUAAAAGCUGUUACCAGCAAACAGGAAAGCAGCAUCUACAGCCAUGCCAAAGUUAAUGGGCGCGUUUAUCUGUUAGUAAAUAGAAUCAAGCAAUACAUAUCAAAUCGCCAGAAUGCGUUAGUAAAUCAGGAUGGAAGUCUUCCAGACAUUGGUAUGAUGAACAUUAAUACCAGUGCUCAAAAAGAGGAAAGAGUGGAGGGUAAACAGCCAGAGGAAGGUGAAGAAGACAACGAAGAAUACGAAGACCCCACAGAGGACAAAAAUAAUAAAUGGCAUCUCGUAAUUGAUCGACUAACCGUGCUGUUUCUGAAAUUUAUGGAGACUUUCCACAAACUGCAAGUUAUGGCUUGGUGGAUCUUAGAGCUGCACAUAAUCAAAAUUGUAUCCUUUUACAUCAUUUGGAUUACAUUAAAAGAGGUUUCCUUGUUGAAUUACGUUUUCUUAAUUUCAUGGGCCUUUGCUUUACCUUAUGUCAAAUUACGCCCACUGGCAUCAAGUAUCUGCACAGUCAUGACCUGUAUAAUCAUUGUGUGUAAAAUGUUGUAUCAACUAUCUUCUGUUCAGCCUUCCAACCACUCUUCUAACUGUACAACUCCACAACUUAAUGAGACAAAUGUAGAGAGCAUUGAGAAAUUGCACAAAUCAGUGCUUUACGCCAGCCCGGUUGACCCAGCAAAUUGGAUUGGGCUAAGAAAGUCCUCUCCCCUUCUGGUAUACCUUAAGAACAACCUGCUGAUUCUUGCUGUUUUAGCAUUUGAAGUCACAAUCUACCGUCAUCAGGAGUAUUUUAGGCUCCGCAAUAACCUUCCACAUCCAGUAACAAAAACUAUCUUUCAUGACAUCACAAGACAACACUUGGAUAAUGGACUGGUGAACUGUGCCAAGUAUUUCAUAAAUUACUUCUUCUACAAGUUUGGGCUGGAGAUAUGUUUUUUAAUGACUGUCAAUGUGAUUGGCCAACGAAUGGAUCUGUAUGCCAUGUUUCAUGCCUUUUGGUUAUUUGCAUUACUCUAUCGACGCCGCAGAAAAGCCAUUGCCGAAAUCUGGCCGAAAUACUGCUGCUUCCUAGCAUGCAUUUUGACCUUUCAGUACCUACUUUGUAUUGGCAUCCCACCUGCUGCCUGCAAAGAGUAUCCAUGGAGAUAUGCCAGUGCCAAAAUCAACUCAAAUUUUAUUAAGUGGUUGUACUUUCCAGACUUCAUCACAAAUCCAAAUCCGAUGUUUCUCAUUUAUGACUUCAUGAUGUUGCUGUGUGCAUCACUGCAGUGGCAGGUAUUCGAAGAUGAAAACCGAGCUGCAGUGAGAAUAGUUGCUGGGGAUAAUGUAGAAAUUUGCAGAGAUUUGGAUGCAGCCACAUUCAGUCAACAUAAUCCAGUGCCAGACUUUAUUCAUUGCAGAUCCUACCUGGAUAUGAUCAAAGUCAUUGGAUUCAGUUACCUAUUUUGGUUCGUGCUUACAAUCAUCUUUAUCACAGGAACAACACGAAUCAGCAUCUUUUGCAUGGGCUACCUUGUCGCCUGUUUUUAUUUCCUGCUCUUUGGUGGAGAGCUAUUACUAAAACCUAUUAAAAUAAUCCUCCAAUAUUGGGACUGUCUUAUUGCCUACAAUGUUUUUGUGAUCACAAUGAAGAACAUUCUUUCUAUAGGAGCAUGUGCCUACAUCAAUUCUUUAAUUUUGAAAAGCUGUUGGUUAAUCCAAACAUUUGGUCUCGUUUGUACUGUUAAGGGCUAUGACCAGCCCCCUGCUGAGAACCUUACAAAAUGUCCAUUGCCUAAGGAUGAAGCGGGCAUUAUAUGGGACAGUAUAUGCUUUUCUUUUCUGUUGCUACAAAGGAGGGUUUUCAUGAGUUAUUACUUCUUGCAUGUAGUAGCAGACAUAAAAUCUGCUCAAAUUCUCGCAUCAAGAGGUGCAGAGCUGUUUCAAGCUACAAUAGUAAAAGCUGUGAAAGCUAGACUCGAAGAGGAAAAGAAAUCAAUGGAUCAACUUAAAAGACAGAUGGAUCGUAUCAAAACAAGACAACAAAAAUAUAAAAAAGGCAAAGAGAGAAUGCUCAGUUUGACACAGUCACUAGAUGCACAGGGUCCUCAGGUGAAGCAGGAAGAUGAUGAUGAUGAUGACGAUGAAGGAGAACCAGAGAAAGACAAAGCCAAGGGCAAAAAAAAGCAGUGGUGGCGGCCCUGGGUUGACCAUGCUUCUAUGGUACGAAGUGGAGAUUACUAUCUCUUUGAGACAGACAGUGAGGAGGAAAAUGAAGAAGAAGUAAAAGAAGAUGAAGAAGAACAACCCAAAAAGUCAGGUUUUCAGAGAGCAGUUCGGAAAUUUGCUUCAGCCAUUAUAGCCUUGCCAAAGUCUAUUCUAAAACUUCCAAAAACAAUACUUCAGUUGAUAGUCAGAGCUAUAAAGUUCAUUUAUCAGACCUGGAUGAAAGAUUCAAAAUCGGUAUUAAAAAGAAAGGAGAAAAAUAAACGGAAAAGAUGGGAACACAGUAAAAAAGAAACAGGAGGUCACAUUGCAAUUGAAUGUGAAGAGACAGAAGAACUACCAGAAGAAGUGCAUAAACACUCUAAUGCACCAGAUAAUGUUAUCAAGCGGGUGUUUAAUCUUCUGAAGUUCACGUGGGUUCUCUUCUUGGCUCUGGUGGACAGUUUUACAAACUGGCUAAAUUCAAUCUCAAAGGAAUGCAUUGAUAUAUCCACUGUUCUGAGGAUAGAAAGAUGUAUGCUUACGAGAGAAGUAAAGAAGGGAAAUGUUCCGUGUCGUGACAGUAUCCAUAAUUAUUACAAGCACCAGAUGAAGAUGCACAAUUCACGUGAGUCAGGACUGGAUAGAAAUGAUGAUGGUGCCAGAUGUGCUGCUUUAACUAUCCGUGAAGGAAACCAGGAAGUCGGUGCUGAGAGAAUGGACAGCACGGAUUCUAUAGUUUCUCGUGAUAGUCUGUCCAGCUGCUACACUGAAGCUACCAUGCUGUACUCACGGCAGUCAACUCUAGAUGAUAUAGAUGAUAUUCCUAAAACAAGUGAGCGUGCUCGACCUAGGCUUCGUAAAAUGUACAGCGUUGAUAUGUCAUCCUCAUCGGUUGAAAGUUGCAGUAUAGUGUCAAGUGAGCCAACACAGUGCACACUGCUGUAUUCACGCCAAGGUACCACAGACACAAUUGAAGAAGUGGAAGAUGAGCAGGAUGAAGAAGCAACAAUUCCUGUAUGCACAUCAGAUAUCAUGACUGAGGAAGUUCCACCUUCGUAUAGCAAAGCUGUUAGUCUUGAUUGUCUAUCCUUCAGUUCAGAUUCAGCUGGUGAAAAACACCUCAUGGCACUUACUCCAGAUAGCAGGAUAGAUUUACUGGAAGAUAAAAUCUUUCCAAAUUUAAGCCAUGAACUAACAGCCAGUGAACUGCUUCUUAACAAAAUGUUUUAUGAUGAAGAAUUAGAGGAGUCAGAAAAAUUCUACAAAGCCCAGCCUCGAGCACUACUCCUAUUCUUCGCUCUAUAUAAUACCUUAGUAGCUCGUUCCGAAAUGUUGUGUUUCUUUGUCAUUAUACUGAACCACAUGGUAUCUGCUUCAAUGAUUACACUGGUACUUCCUAUUCUUAUCUUCCUCUGGGCUAUGCUGUCUGUACCAAGGCCAAGCAAACGUUUCUGGAUGACAGCCAUUGUGUAUACUGAGGUAACAAUUGUAAUCAAAUACUUUUUCCAAUUUGGAUUUUUUCCUUGGAAUGAAAAUUUGAGUAGAACUCGAGAUAAACCUGAUUUUGCCCCAAAUAUAAUUGGCAUUGAGAAGAAGGAAGGCUAUGUGCAUUAUGACCUUAUACAGCUACUUGCACUGUUCUUUCACCGAUCCAUUUUAAAGUGUCAUGGUUUAUGGGAUGAGGAUGAUAAGAAUGAAAAUGCCUCAGCUAAAGAUGACAUGGAAGAAGAUCAUCUGAAUGAAUCUCAGAGAAAGAACUCUCUAGGUUCUUUAAAAUCAAUUAAUUUGCAAGCAUCAAUGGAUUCCAUACAUGUUCAUUUUCCAGAACAGACAAAAGCCAGAAGACCAAGUUCCACAGGUUCACAGAUCUCAAAUCGAUCGUCACAUAGAUCACAAAGAGGUAGUGUAAGCACCCGAAACAGUAGUAGCCGAAAAGGAAGCGGGUCACUCAGUGUUCAACCGAAGAAUAAAAAAGAGCUUUUAUUGGAAAAAGUAAGGGAACAAAUGAUCAAGGCAAAAACCAUUGCCAUUGCAAAAACACUUCAAAUAUAUAUUCCAAUCAAACAUUUUUUCUACAACAUUAUCCAUCCGGAGUAUAGUGCAGUAACAGAUGUCUACGUGUUGAUGUUCUUGGCUGAUGUUGUAGACUUCAUUGUUAUUGUCUUUGGUUUUGGGGCAUUUGGGAAACAUUCAGCAGCUGCCGACAUCACAUCUUCUUUAUCAGAGGAUCAAGUGCCGGAGGCAUUUUUGGUGAUGUUAAUAAUUCAGUUUGGCACAAUGGUAGUGGAUCGAGCACUCUAUCUCAGAAAGACAGUUUUAGGAAAAGUUAUCUUUCAAGUGAUCCUUGUUUUUGGAAUUCAUUUCUGGAUGUUUUUUAUAUUACCAAGAGUGACAGAAAGAAGGUUUAACCAGAACAAAGUCGCACAGGUUUGGUACUUUGUUAAAUGUGUUUACUUUGGUUUGUCAGCGUAUCAAAUACGUUGUGGUUACCCAACACGUGUGCUUGGUAACUUUUUGACAAAAAGCUACAACUAUAUCAACUUGUUUCUGUUCCAAGGAUUUCGACUAGUUCCGUUUCUGACUGAGCUCAGAGCAGUGAUGGACUGGGUCUGGACAGACACAACCCUUAGUCUCUCCAGUUGGAUCUGUAUAGAGGACAUUUACGCUCAUAUUUUUAUUCUGAAGUGCUGGCGUGAAUCUGAAAAGCGAUAUCCUCAACCACGUGGACAGAAGAAAAAGAAGGUUGUAAAAUAUGGCAUGGGUGGCCUUAUCGUCUUCUUGUUAAUAUGCAUUGUGUGGUUCCCACUCCUCUUCAUGUCCUUGAUCAAAUCUGUUGCUGGUGUGACAAAUAAACCAUUGGAUGUAUCUGUUUCAAUAACCAUUGGAGGUUAUCAGCCUAUCUUUACAAUGAGUGCCCAGCAGAAACAGCUACAAGAUUUUGAUCAAAACCAAUACAACAAUCUUUUAAAGAAAUUUAAACAUGAACCUGCUGCUAUGCAGUUCCUGGAUGCAUACAUGAAAGAAGACAUUCUAAUUGCACAACUUGAAGGAAAUUCAAAUUCUCUUUGGACUAUCAGUCCUCCAAGUCGGAGCAAGAUGGUAGAAGAAUUGAAGGAUAAUGUUUCAAAGAUCUUCAUUGUGGUUUCUUGGUCUGUUCAAAGGAAUGUCAGUCUUGGUGGAAAAUCGGAAAUUGCUUCAGAUAAAAUCUCAUUAGAAAUUCAACCAGAAGCCAAAUUAGCACUUGCUGCAGUGGUGGAAGGAAUAAAGAACGAAUCUGUAAAACUUGAAAAUAUAUUUCCAAACUACAUUAGGGCUCCCAGUAAUUCUGAAACAAAACCUGUGAAACAACUUUAUAAAAAUGAUGGUGAUUACUGUGAACUCAUUGUAAAACUGGUUCAGCAAGAAAACUGUCCUUUAAAACCAUGUCAGCAAUGGUGGACUGUUAACCAGACUGAAAGAUUAUAUAGAAAUGAUGAUAAAGAAAGCCUAGAAAUUAUUGUAUUCAGUGAUAAAGUUAGCCCACCUAGCCUUGGAUUUCUUGCUGGUUAUGGCAUCAUGGGUUUGUAUGCAUCAGUUGUACUGGUCAUUGGGAAGUUUGUACGUGAGUUUUUCAGUGGGAUCUCUCAUGACAUCAUGUUCGAAGAACUGCCAAAUGUAGACCGAAUUUUAAAAUUAUGUACAGAUAUCUUCCUGGUUCGAGAGACUGGAGAACUGGAGUUAGAGGAGGAUCUGUAUGCCAAGCUCAUUUUCUUGUAUAGAUCACCAGAAACUAUGAUCAAGUGGACACGUGAAAAGACAAAAUGAAAGCUUCUGCUGAUGUGGACAGAGGUAUUUUUCUGAAAAUAAAACAAAAGCACAAUGUCAUUGAAAAGCCAAGCUAUUCACAAUAGAGUGACAGCAGCUUUUCCUUAUGGAGCCCAGGCAGUCGCACGUUCCUCAAGUCUUCUCUGCCUACAGUCUUUGCUGAUACUAAAGAUUGGUGCUUGUUCUAACAUUCAGCACCAUAUUGUGGAAACGAUUCUGUCGGAACUGAAUCCAGUUUCUUUCUAUUUUUAUUACAGCCAAAAUCAGAGCUUCUGAAAUGCUUACCAUCCUUGCAGCCAUUAUCA